AUGCAUGUUAAUGAAAGUAGUCCGGCAGCGUACAAUAGGGAAGGUACGAUACGGAAUUCAAAAGAUAUUAACAUAACUAAUGCAUCUUUAAGUAAUGUAACAUUUUCGGCAAAAGGGGCAUCUACACUUAAGUUGGUUUCCGAUGUUGUAAUAACGACAACACUGAUUGUAAUAAUGCUUGGCAUGGGUUGCACGAUAGAGUUCUGGAAACUUAUGGAGCAUCUUCGCAGACCAAUUGGAGCAGCUAUUGGAAUGCUAGCCCAGUUUAUCAUAUUGCCCUUGGUUACCUUCGGAUUUGCGCAUGCGCUUCAGCUUGAACCUGUUGCCGCCAUAGGUAUGCUGGUAAUGGGCUGUUGUCCGGGUGGAUCGACGUCUAAUAUGUUCUCGUAUUGGGCAGACGGUGAUGUACCUUUAAGUUUGACCAUGACAACGCUUGCAACACUGAUGGCGUUAGGUAUGAUGCCACUAAAUGUCUGGCUAUACAGCAGAAGCUGGACGAACGAGGAUCUCGUGAUACCUUACAUGAACAUAAUUAUCUCCCUUAUAAUGACUGUGGGACCUGCCGCUUUUGGAAUAUUUCUACGAUGGAAGUGGGAAAAAUUUGCUUUGAUUAUUGUGAAGAUAGGAAGUAUAUGCGGAGGCAUAGCCGUCAUUUUGACAAUGACAUUAAUGAGCCUGUUGUAUCCAUUCAUGUACAAAUCGUCCUGGAAAAUCUACGUUGGCGCUUUCUUUUUGCCCUUUGUUGGCUUUGCCUUUGGAUACAUCGUAGCCAAGAUAUGCCGAAUGAAUUCCACGCAUGCGCGGACUGUUGCAUUGGAAACUGGAAUUCAAAACUUUCCAUUGUGCAUGACACUAAUCAGUUCAUCAUUUCCAAAACACGUGAUUCCGAAACUAGUGCUCUUCCCAUUAUUAUACGGAAUUUUUGUGCUGACAAACAGCUGUAUUUUUGUUCUGUUCUAUCAUAUUGUCAGGAAGACCAAGGAUUACAGAAAUAAAAGCGCGGGAAAGGAUUUCACCAGCGUACCCACAACCAAUAACCAUGAUGGUGUUGAAAUGAAUACAGUGGAACCGGUGCUAAAUGGCAAUCUAUGA